CUUCGCCGACAUCUCGGAGAAGCGAUCGGGCGCGGGAUCCAGAAGCCGCGGCAAAUCCACCACCCACUCUCCUCCUCCUCUUCCUCCACUGUCUCUCUCCGGAAAAAAUGGCGGCCAUGGCCAACGUCUCCUGUUCCCCGGUUACCCGGGGACUCCCAGCGCACGGCAACCUGGCUAGGAGCAGGAGUGCUGCCGUCGCCGCCGGAGGAAGCAGGAGCCGACCGCGAAGCACUGGGGUUUUCCCGUGCCUCUCCUCCACGACGGCCGGAGCCGAGGGGAGCAGGCGGAUGGAGGACUACAACACUGCCAUGAAGAGAAUGAUGCGCAACCCCUAUGAGUACCACCAUGAUCUCGGUAUGAAUUAUGCUGUCAUAAGUGAUAGCUUGAUUGUUGGCUCGCAACCUCAGAAGCCGGAAGAUAUUGAUCACUUAAAAGAUGAGGAGAAAGUAGCCUUUAUUCUUUGCUUGCAGCAGGACAGGGACAUUGAAUAUUGGGAAAUUGAUUUCCAUCCUAUUGUCAAUAGGUGCAAAGAACUUGGCAUAAAACACAUCAGAAGACCGGCAGUGGACUUUGAUCCAGAUUCGUUGAGGACUCAAUUGCCCAAAGCAGUCUCAUCACUAGAAUGGGCUAUAUCAGAAGGGAAAGGACGAGUUUAUGUCCAUUGCACUGCUGGACUUGGGAGAGCGCCUGCGGUUGCAAUUGCUUACAUGUUUUGGUUCGAGAAUAUGGAUCUUAAGACAGCUUAUGAGAAACUAACUUCCAAAAGGCCAUGCGGACCCAAUAGGAGAGCGAUCCGAGCUGCAACUUAUGAUCUUGCUAAGAACGAUCCACAUAAAGAAUCUUUUGAGAGUCUGCCAGAGCGUGCUUUUGAAGGCAUUGCUGACUGGGAGAGGAGGUUAAUUCAAGAAAGGGUGCGUGCUCUUCGCGAGGCUUGAGAAGUAAAUGGAAAC